AACAUGGUACAAUCAAAGAAGUUCAGAGGUGUCAGGCAACGCCACUGGGGCUCUUGGGUCUCUGAAAUUCGAAAUCCUGUACUGAAGAGAAGGGUAUGGCUAGGCACCUUUGGGACUGCUGGAGCUGCAGCAAGCGCAUAUAAUCAAGCUGCCAUUCUAAUGAUUGGUCAAAAUGCCAAGGCCAAUUUUCCUUUACCAAAGACUACUACUCAAACUGCUGCUCAUCAACAAGGCAAAAAAAGUGAUACUGAUCAUCAUAACUACUCUCCAUUUCCUUCAAGGGCUCUUUCAGAACUUUCAACACAAAGCUUAAAAAGUGUUGCAAAGACUUGUCACCUUCACUCACCUGCCUCUGUCCAUCCUUGAUAAUCAGAAUAUAAUAUAGCUUAUAUAAAAGGUAUACGUACAUCUCUGCAUGUCCAAAGUCACCUUACCAAUUAAUCUCAAAAUUAAACUCAUAAGCAUAGUAUGCAGAAAGAUGAUUGAUGUACGA